CCAGGGACUGAAGAAGGUGCCUGGGUCGCUUCCUCCCGGCGGGGAGCCGGCACCAGCACCCGGACUCGGGCGGCAGGGCGCGAGGCAAGCCGGGGGGACUGCUGGGCGGCGGCGGCGGGCGGCUCCGCCUCCGGACCCGCCCCGAGGGGAGGACUCGCAGCCCCGGACCGGACCUCGCGACCUCGGCGCCGCCCCCGCGGGGAGACUCAGCCCGAGAGGCCGGACCGGCGCGGCGAGGACCCGACUCCGCCGAGCGCCGCCAUGUGCCCCGCGCCCCCGGCCCGCGCGCCCUGGCGCUGGGUGCUGCCGCUGCUGGUCCUGGGCGGUGCGGGGCUGAGCCUCGCCGGACCCCCGCCCGCAGCCCGCAGCCGGAACUGGUGUGCGGUCGUCGUGACCAGGAACGUGAGCUGCUCGGUGCUGGACGGGAGGGAGAGCUUCGUGCAAGCCCAGUACUCCUGCGCCUGGGGCCGGGCGCCCUGUCUGUCCGCGCCGCUGUACCGGGUGAGCUUCAGACCCAGAUAUGUCACUAGGUACAAGACAGUGACGCAGCUGGAGUGGAAGUGCUGCCCUGGCUUCAGAGGGGCAGACUGCCAAGAAGGUGUCAGCCACCCCAUGAGGAAGCCUCUUCCCACGCCCUCUCGACCUCGGAGCAACAUGAAGAAAGCCACAGAUAAUGAACCGGGCCCGGUCUCAGAACCCAAGAAUAAGCUGCCAGCAACUCACGCCGUCGAGCCAAGUCACACUGUCGGUCCACAGCUGGAGAAGAGAAUCCAGGUACUGGAGGAGAAGGUCCUGAGACUCACAAAGACGGUGCUCGACCUUCAGUCUUCCAUUGCCGACGUGAAUGGAAACCUCAAACACGGCGUUCAGGACGAUGCCAGCAGAGUGGCACCAGGCCCCAGCAGCCAGCACCUGCAGCCGGGACCGAGCACGGAGAUGGCCUCUCCCCCCGGAGACCCCAGCAAGAAGGAAUCUGGCGUGAAGGACAUCCAAUCCGAACUGGCUGAGGUCAAGGAUGCCCUGAAGACCAAGGGCGACAAGCUGGAAGAACUGGACGGGAAGGUGAAGGGUUACGAGGGGCAGCUCAGACAGCUCCAGGAAGCAGCCCAGGGCCCCACCGUGACCAUGACCGUCGGCGAGCUCUACCAGGCCUACGUGGACAGCAAGAUGGACGCGCUGAGAGAAGAGCUCGCGGAGGGGAUGGACAGAAAGCUGGCGGACCUGAAGAACGCCUGUGAGUACAAGCUGCUUGGGCUCCAGCAGCAGUGUGACGAUUACGGGACCAGCUAUCUGGGGGUGAUCGAACUCUUAGGAGAGAAGGAGGCAAGCCUGAAGCAAGAAAUGAGCGACCUUCGAUCUCGGUUGCCAGACGCCUCGGCACCGCCCAAUUGCUGCAGCCGUGAGAAGGACGGCGACCUGGGCCAGCAGAUGCAGGCGUUAGACCGGAAAGUCGAGAGCAUCGCCGAGGCCACCAGGAUGCUGAACGGACGACUGGACAAUGAGCUCGAGCGCCUGUCGGCGCCGGAGCCCGCCGGGGACUUUGACGCGAGAUGGAACGAACUGGACGCGAGGAUCAACGUCACGGAGAAGAACGCAGAGGAGCACUGCUUUUACAUCGAAGAGACCCUCCGGGGGACCAUCCACCGAGAGCUGGACGGCCUGAGGCAGCUCGUCGAUCGGAAGCUGCAGCCUCUGCGGGAGCGCCUGGGAAGCGUGCCCGAGGCGGCCAAGGGCAGCGGCCACGCCGCACAGCCCGGGCCCCCCGCGUGGCCAUCGGUGUCGGGGGCCGAGAAGGAGAAUGGCCGGGUGCUGAUGGAAUUAGCCGAGCUUCGGGGCAGGGUGCGAGCUGUGGAGGACGUCUGCCUGGACGCCCGGCCGGGAGAGCCACGCGGGCCGGGUGUGGAGGGCCCCCGCCUCCGGGGGCGGCUCAACGACACGGUGCCCAGGCGCUUUGGGGACGCCGAGCGGAGCCUGCAGAGCCUCCGAGAGCAUCUCGGGCCCAGUCGGGGCGGAGAAGGCGCGGGAGACCUGUCGCAGGGGGGCGGGCGGGAGAGCGCGGGGGCACCCUGCCGCCAGCUGGAGGACAGGUGGCAGAGCCUGCGGGCCCGGGUCCGCGCGCACGGGCCGGGGGUCUCUGCGGUCGAGGGCAGGCCGGACGCCGUGGCGGGCGGCCUCGAGAGCGGCGAGGAAGGGCUCGGCAGGCACGCCAGCAGCCUGUGGGCUUGUGUCAGGCGCCUGGACGGCACCCUCCGGUCACAGUCCAGAGACAUCUCCGGCCUGAGAAGCUCGCUGCAGCAGCUGUACACCCACGUCUUCCAGAUCUCUACUGACCUGCGGGACCUGCUCCCAUCUCCGCCGCCAGCCACGGAGGAGCCCCCAGAAGUGUUUCAGCCUCCCCCCGGGCGGAAGGCCCCUGAGAAGCCCUCACCCCGGACAGAACCGCCACCUCCUGAGCCGACCCGGACGCCAAGCACCCCCUUGCCUCCCGAGGACGCUGGGCUACAGAGACCAGUCCUGCCCACGAGACCCCUGCAGCAGCCACGGCCCCCACCACCGUGGCCCGCCCUGCCUGGCUCGUCGGGGGUCUACACGGAGACUGGAGAGGCCGGGCCUCCUGGGAGGGUGGGCAUGUCGGGCUGGGGCCUGCUGCAGGGGGUGGACGGCCAGACCGGGCAGAGGCCCAUCCCCAGUGCAGAAGGCUACGCAGGGGCCCCAGGAUACUCCAAGUCCCCGCCUGUGGCCUCCCCAGUGGCUUCCCUGGUGUCCUUCUCUGCCGGCCUGACUCAGAAGCCUUUCCCCAGCGAGAGAGGCGUCGUCCUAUUUAACAAAGUGCUGGUGAACGACGGCAACGUAUACGACCCUGAUACAGGGAUCUUCACGGCGCCCUUUGACGGGCGGUACCUGAUCACGGCCACCCUCACGCCCGAGAGGGAGGCCUAUGUGGAGGCCGUCCUGUCCGUCUCCAACGCCAGCGUGGCCCAGCUGCACACCGCCGGCUACGAGAGAGAGGAUCUGGAGUACCACCGGCCUCCAGGGGCCGGGCACAGCUGCGGGGGCCCCGGGGCCUUUCAUCUGAUCCUGCAUCUGACGGCCGGAGACGUCGUCAACAUCGUGGUGACGGGAGGCCGGCUGGCUCACACGGACUCUGACGAGAUGUACUCCACGUUCAGCGGGGUCUUCCUGUACCCUUUCCCGCCCGCCUCUAGCUAGGGCAGCUGCUCAAUUCUGGAGCUUUAAUGCACCCAGCGUCCGGGGAGGUAGCCCCCCAGUCCAGAGCCUCACCGCCACACAGGCGGCUAGUGAGACGUGCUUGUCGUGCUCACUGAUGUGUCGCUCUGACGGGACGGUCCCAGCCGCAGGUGCCCGGGCGGUGACCUCGGCCACACUGGGAAGGAAGCUCUAGGCUGAGCGAGCGCAGGCACCUGUGGCCGCAGUCUUGCCCCGAAGGGCGAGCUGUCUCCAUCCUGCCCGGUUGUCCUUCCACUGCACAUAGGACAGGAGUGUCGCACUGUGGUGCUGUGGCCACGAGCCACCAGGCUCAGGAGACUUCGGCCAAGGCUCCUUGAGUGACGUGUAUGAUUUCAGUGCACAGACGGGGAGUGCCAAUAAAGAUGAAAAGACCACAGUGACUGAAGUCUGGUGCCUUCUGGAUGGAGACUCGCUGCCAAAAAAACUGUACAAAGGGACUUGACAGGGCUUGAGUGGUGUAAGGACCCAUGUUCAAGGCCCCCGUUCCCACUUGCAGGGGGAAGCUUCACGAGCGCUGAAGCAGGGCUGCAGGUUGGCUGGCUUCUCCCUCCCCUCCAAACCCUCAACUUCCCUGUCGCUAUUAAAAAAAAAUCCUGA